GCAGCCUGGGAUGAGAAUUGCAUUUCUAUGGGCAGGGUGCGAACACGCCGCUGGCCUCACAGCCUGUAUAUAUUUUAUCUAACAUGAUGUAUUUAAUACAGAGGUAGAGCCUCUGUACAUCGCGUUUUCCCCCCUCCAGGUUAGCUCCGUGUUCCCCCUCCUGCCUGGAAGUCUCGCCGCGGAGCGGUCGUCACGCAGGCCGCGGUUCGGCUCUUGUUGCUGGGAGGAGACCCCGAACAGACUCGCCUCCCUGCUUCGGGCAUUAUUAGCUGGCUACCAUGCCUCGCUGCUGCUGCUACUGCUGCUGGAUUUUCUACACAGCGGUCCACCGCGCAACGGGGCAGGUCCUUGGAUAAUCGUUUUCCGAAGGGAAGGAGCACCACACCUUUCAAGGAUGGACGCUGAUUUGUGUGCUGGCGGGAACAGUACCAGGAGAAAAGUGGAACUUGGUGGGGUUGCAGAAGGCACGAUGGACGUCGUACCGUUGGAGAUGUACGACUCUGCCAGAGCAAAGAUAUCUGCCAACUUACGCUGGCUGUUUGCCAAAGCCUAUGGAAUUGACCAUAUACCGGAGGACCUAAGGGACCCGUUCUACACAGACCAGUAUGACCAGGAGCACAUCAAGCCCCCCGUCAUCCGCCUGCUGCUGUCCUGCGAGCUUUACUGCCGGGUCUGCACCCUCAUCCUCAAGACAGAGCAGGCGGCCUCCCUCCAGUCCCACCUGUCCGUCAUCCAGGCUCUGUCCAGGAAGGGGAUCUACGUGGUGGAGAGCGACGACACGCCCGUCACAGAGGAAGAUCUGGCCUCCAUGCCCAUCAAAAUGAGCGCUCACAUGCCCAUGAUCGAUGCCCUCAUGAUGGCCUACACGGUGGAGAUGAUCAGCAUCGAGAAAGUGGUCGCUUCCGUCAAGCGCUUCUCUACCUUCAGUGCCUCAAAGGAGCUGCCGUUCGACCUGGAGGAUGCCAUGGUCUUCUGGAUCAAUAAGGUGAACAUGAAGAUGAGGGAAGUCGCAGAAAGGGAGCACAAAGUUAAGCACCACCCGCUGGAGUCCCCCAGCCAUCAGAAGUCUCCCUCCAAAUGGUAUUGGAAGCUAGUCCCUGUACGGUAUCGCCGGGAGCACGCCUCAGGUCGACAGCUGCCCUUCUUCCCUCUGCUGGAGAACCUGAUGCGGGACGUUUGUGACGGAGCGGCGCUGCUCACCGUGGUCCAUUACUACUGCUCAGACCUCAUGAAGCUGGAGGAUAUUUGCCUGAAGGAAGUUCCCUCCAUCGCUGACAGCCUGUACAACAUCCAGCUGCUCAGAGAGUUUGCCAAUGAGUAUCUGAACAAGAGUUUCUACCUGACCACGGAGGACAUGCUCUACUCGCCUCUCGUGCUGAAGCACAAUGUGAUGGUGUUUAUCGCCGAGCUCUUCUGGUGGUUUGAGACGGUCAAGCCCGAGUUCGUCCAGCCCAGAGAUUUUCAGGAGUUGAAAGAUGCUCGAUCCACGGCUCAUCCCAAGAGUUCCCGCCCUUCAGUGCCCAUCUCCAACGCCACCAAACGCAGCUUCCUGGCCAGUCCCGGAGUGCCCGAUAACCAGAGCAGCCCCGAAGUCUGUAACAGGUACUUCCUGCACCCUGAAGACUCUGAGCCCCUCAAAGGAGGGCCGACGUUCAGUCCCUCCCACCCUCUCCUGCCCCUGCGACAGAGACAGCAGAAGCAGCAGGGAGAAGAAAGUGCAGGUCUGAGAAACCGUUCAAACUCUCUGACUCAAAUGGACGGACAACAUCCUCGAGCGUCUGUGGCAGCCUGGCCGGAGAAGAGACAGAGACCGAUGUCCACCCUGAGCCCCUUCAUGCUGCAUUUAGCCACAGACAGCGAUGCAGACGUGACCUCUGGUGACAGUGUCAGCCUGGCUCGCUCAAUAAGCAAAGACAGCCUGGCGUCCAACGUCCUCAACGCCACCCCCAAACACCAGACGUCGGUCCACCAAGCCCCGCACGCGGCUGUUCGCAACGGCCACAGCCUCCUGAGCAAAGUCAACAUCGAGGACGAGGAGGAAACUCUGGUGGUAGCUUCCAGGACUGAUGUGUCCUCCAGCCAGAGGGCUGAUGGGGCUCAGGCAGCAGCUGUGGGGGGACCCCGACCUCCUGACCCCAAACAAGCAGCGGAUGGUUUCUACCUUGAACCACUAAUGCCUGCUGUGCUCAAAACAGCUAAAGAGAAGUCUGUGUGCCUGAACAAGGAGGAGGAGAGUGGCGAGGGGCCGCGGUCUGCAGGGAGGGGGUCUUUACGCCGGGGAGACGGACCCACGGCCGUCGUUCGCAGGAAAGCUCCCUGCGCUCUCAAUCAGACGUUUCCUCCUUCUGUGGAGGACGAAGACCUGUUGGAGGACCCCCCACAGACUCAGGCAGGUUUCAGGCCGCCUGUCUCGAGCAGCGUGGACCCUUCAUGCCGAGAGCCAGCUGAGGUCUUCUACCUUCAUUCAGACCCUGAAGACACUAAACCCGGCCAGAGCCUGGACACAGAGCUGGAGGACCUGGACGAAGAGGAGGAGGACUUGGACGAGGCGCUGACCACUAAAGAUGCGAACUGGCCCAGGAAAGCCUUCAAAGAGGAGGACGAGGAAGAGGAGUCGGCGAAACUCCAGGAGGAUAUGAACGUGAAGGAGCACGAGGACAAAGACCUGAACGGCGGCAGCGGCCGCUCCAGCCCCUGCCUCAGCACGCACUCUCAGGCGAGCAGCAUGGCCAGCGGCAGCGUGCGCAUGACCUCCUUCGCCGAGCGCAAGGCGCAGCAGCAGCGGUUCGGCAGCAACCACGACCUGCGCUCGAGUGCCUCCAGCUCCCAGAGGACCACCCCAGAUGGGUCCGAGUGCAGCGGGCCGCUGAGCUCCUCCUGGAGGUUCAAACGAGACCAGAGCCCCUCUUCGCCUUUACGGGCGGGCGACGGCAGCGGCGGCACCAACGUGCUGGCCUCCGAGAUCAUCCAGCUCCGCAUGCAGCUGGAGGAGAAGCGGCGCGCCAUUGAGCACCAGAAGAAGAAGAUGGAGGUGCUGUCGGCGAGGCAGAGGCAGAAGCUGGGCAAGGCGGCGUUUCUGCACAUCGUGAAGAAAGGCGGCGGGAAGAGCGACACGCUGCCCAACCCGCUGAAAGCCGACAUCCCCAAAGACGAGCUGAACGGUGAGAAAGGACCGUCGAGCAAAGACGACAUGUGCGUCGAUUCGCAUAAAGGAGAGAAAGACGUGGAGGGCGCCCCCCUUCCUGGUGCCUUAGACGCAGAUAAGAAAGGGAACAGCGGGAGUUUUUAUCUGGAUGAAGACUUGGACCUGAACGAGUGCAGCCGCUCCAUCGAGCUGCUGAACGAAGCCAUCGGCAGCAUCCAGCAGCAGAUGAUGCAGCUGUCGCUGCAGCAGGAGCUGCUGAUGAAACAGAAUGUACAGUCUCCCCCCGGCGCCGCUCCGCCUCCCCCCCACGCCUCCGACAAGAACAGCGACUCCAAGGCUGGGGCGAGCUUUCACUACGUGGAGCACACGUCCGGCGCCGGCACCGCCCCCGCCAGGAAGCCCCCCAAGCUGACCUCGGGCCGGAGCUCCAGGUCCAAACCCUCAGAACUGAAGGUGUCCCGGGAGCAGGGCCGACAGGCGUCCAGGACGCUCACCCCCACCCAGAGCGCCGCGGAGCCGUUACCACACCAGAGGCAUCCGGGCGGGGGCAGGUCCCCCCGGGCCGAGCACCCCGACAGCCCCAGGAACCCCACGGGGGGCGGGGCCGCCGACAGGCCGGGACCCGAGCACGCACGGAGCGCCAGCUUCAGGCUCCACGACGAGGCCAACGUGCGGCUGCCGACCCGCGUGGACCUGACCACGGCGGCCGCCUCCGAGUCGUCCUUAGAUAAGUGCCUGUCCAGCAGCACCAGGGAGUCUGAGCUCAACGCCUCCGACGGCUCGGGGAGGGACAGCACGUCCUCAGAGGAGCAGCGCAGCAAAGCCCACCUGAUCGAAGUGGACCUGUCAGAGCUGAGGGCUCCGGACGACGAGGAGGGAGCCGAGCAGACGACGACGACGGAGGACGACGACGGAGAGCAGAAGUCUGUUAUGGGCUUCUUCUUCAAGGAUGAACAAAAAGCCGAAGAUGAGCUGGCUAAAAAGAGGGCAGCGUUCCUGCUGAAGCAGCAGAAGAAAGCCGAGGAGGCCCGACUUCGGAAGCAGCAGCUCGAAGCCGAGUCGGAGCUCAAACGGGACGAAGCCAGACGGAAGGCCGAGGAGGACCGCUUACGUAAAGAGGAGGAGAAGACCCGGCGGGAGCUGAUCAAGCAGGAGUACCUGCGGCGGAAGCAGCAGGAGAUGUUCGAGGAGCAGGGCCUGGUCAAGCCGAAAGCCUCCAAACCCAAACAGAAGCACAGACCCAAGGCCGUCCUGAAGGAUGAAUCCCCCAGCGACAAUUUCUCCAAGUGCUCUUCAACACGUUUUCUUCUCUGCUCCCACACAGCUGACAACCUGAGCAACGCCCAGUCGGGCUCCAGCCUGUCUCUGGCCUCCGCCGCCACCAACGAGGCCGACAGCGUCAACUCAGGAGGGGCGGGCUCACAGCGCUGUGAUUCCGUGGAGUCGUUCCCAGGAAGUCGAACCAGUCGGGCUGCAGAGAGAGACUGGGACAACGGCUCCACCGCAUCUUCCAUCACCUCCAUGGCUGAAUACACUGGUCCUAAACUUUUCAAGGAGCCGAGCGCCAAGUCAAACAAGCCAAUCAUCCAUAAUGCAAUCUCUCACUGCUGCCUGGCUGGCAAAGUCAACGAGCCCCAGAAGAACCAGAUCCUGGAGGAGUUGGAGAAGUGCGAGUCGAACCACCUCAUGAUCCUGUUCCGUGACGGCGGCUGCCAGUUCCGGGCGCUCUACUCGUACUUCCCCGACACGGAGGAGAUCCACAAGCUGACGGGCACGGGCCCCAAGAGCAUCAGCAAGAAGAUGAUCGACAAGCUGUACAAGUACAGCUCGGACCGCAAGCAGUUCACCGUCAUCCCCGCCAAGACUGUGUCGGUCAGCGUGGACGCCCUGACUAUCCACAACCACCUGUGGCAGGCCAAGAGGAGCGCUGUGCCAAAGAAAAGCGGGAAAUAGCAAAAGGCCCACUUUUUAUUUAUUGAUUUUUUUUUUUUUAAAGAAUUUUUUGUUCCCAGCCCACAACCAUUAGAGUCAUCUUCUCUACAUCUGGCUUCCUGAACUGUCUGCGUCGAUGCUCGGUCCGGAAACCAGACCACAUCGAUGGACACGUGUAGGUGGACCAAGGCAGAGUCAAAGGAAAGGGUGUGUGAGUGUGAUUGUGUGUGUGGGUGGGUGGGUGGGUGUGUGUGUGUGUGUGCGCGCAUGUCACAGGUGCUCGCAACGAAAAAAGAGGAAUGUCUGCUGAAUGUGCUUCUCUUCCCUGUGGUCUCAGUGCGAUCUGUUCAGGUUGACAGCAGCGACCACGACUCCGGCACGUGGUUCUUUUUUUUUUUCUUUUUCCUCCUCAUACAUGGUGGAAGUUAAUUUUUCCAUGAGAUAUUUAUUAGUUCGGCACUGUCGCGAUGGAGAGCCCGGCUGCAGCACUACAACUCCUCUGAACUCUCCCUGUGAUGGAGGGAGGGGGGAGUGUGGGGGGGGUUCCUGCCACCCUUUGGGAUCUUCGUACAACCCCUUAAGACCCCCGGACCACCGCCUCGUCCUCGCAGACCACCCAAUCUGUCGAAUCAGGCUGGCAUUGCCGGGUUGCCUCUACUGAAACAAACAAAGCCCUGCUGCUCUCAACUGGCCUCUUCUUCUUCUUCUUCUUCUUCUUCUUCUUCUUCUGUCGUCGCUCGGGGCCGCUCCGCUCACCGGGGCCCCCCUCAGACAUCCGUUGGCCUUUCACGCAUCGUGGUACUGUCGUCUAUUUAUUCAACCGCUUUUUAACGUAGACGCUGAACAUGUAGCACUGGAUAUGUGUACCGCAAAGCAAAAUCAUCAAAAAGCGACCAAAAAAAAAAAAAAAAAAAAAAAAAGAAGCAAACCA